UAUAUCUGUUGAAUAUUCUACUGCAAAUACUGUCCAAGUGAUUGACACAAAGACAAAUUACAAAUGUAUGCAUGAAGCAAAAUGUUUAUGCAUCCAUGUUCUGGAAAAAUGAGAAGGAUCAUAUCAUUGACAAUGAUCAUCGGAGUUUUCUUGAUGUCAUUAAUGGAUAUUAGAGGUGUUUUAGCAGACCCUCAGACUAAAUUGUUAAAGCAAGCUUGCAGUGAAUUUGCAAUUGGUGUUGAGAUGUCGGAUUUCUUGAGCAGUUUCAACAAAACGUUUGGAGAAAUCAGGAAACAGUUGUCCAACAGCAACAUUCACUUUGCGACUGCGGUUCAAACUGAUGUAUAUGGGAUGGUUCAGUGCAGGAAUUAUCUUUCUAGUGCAGAUUGUGUCGCUUGCCUUGAUUUUGCCUGGACUCAAAUCAGACAGAAUUGCUCUAUCGCUGAUGGUGGUCAUGUCAUCUAUCAAGGCUGCUUCCUCAGGUAUGAGGUGCAUAACUUCUUUACACAGAGGCUGCUGGUCACAUUUGAAUCCACUGUCUGCGACCAAGGAAAAUCUGAGGCAAAGGCCUUUAAUCCGGUGGUGGAUGGGUUAAUAACAGAUCUUGUAUCUAGCACACCGAGGAUUGAUGGUUUCUUUGCAGCAAUUACAAGGCCAGUGUCUAGUGGUGGUGCGACGAAGACAGUUUAUGCUGUUGCACAAUGUAUUGAAACUAUAAGCCAGAAGGAUUGCCAAAGUUGCUUGACAGCCACUUCUAAUAACAUACAAAGCUGCCCUCCUGCUUCUGGGGGAAGCGCUACUGAUGCGGGUUGUUUUCUUAGAUAUUCUGAAACCUCCUUUUUUGCUGAUAAGAGCAUAAUCAAUAUCACAACAUAUCUACCAGGAGGAGGGAAUUCAGGCUUGAAGACAACAACCAUUGGGGAUGUAGCUGGUGGUAUAUGCAUUAUUAUCCUCAUACUUGCCGUGCUUUUAUGGUAUCAAUUGAUCAGAAAGCGUAAAAUAGCUCAAAGAGGUGAUAUUUUUGGGAAAAGCAAGUUGCAGGGCCAAGCUAUUUACAGAUUUAAAGAUUUAAAAUCAGCGACACAGAGCUUUAGUGAAGACUCCAAAAUUGGAGAAGGAGGUUUUGGAGAUGUAUACAAGGGUACGUUGAAGAAUGGUGAUGUAGUUGCUGUAAAGAAACUUUCACUUGCCACAAGCAAAGCCAAGACAAAUUUUGAGAGUGAAGUUAGGCUUAUAAGUAAUGUUAAUCACCGAAAUAUCAUACGUUUAUUAGGCUGUGGUAGCAGAGGGUCACAGCUACUUCUGGUGUUUGAGUACAUGGAAAAGGGAAGCCUAGACAGAUUCCUAUAUGGUGCAAAACGGGGUUCUCUUAGCUGGAAACAACGAGUUGAAAUAAUUAUUGGCAUAGCUAACGGCCUGGCUUAUCUUCACGAGCAAUUUCAUAUAUGUAUCAUACAUCGAGAUAUAAAAUCAAGCAACAUUCUACUUGAUGAUGAUUUUCAACCCAAAAUUGCUGAUUUUGGAUUGGCAAGACUUAUGCGCGAUGAUCAAAGUCAUCUUACCACUAGAUUUGCCGGGACUUGGGUUUACACAGCACCUGAGUAUACAAUCCAUGGGCACUUAUGUGAGAAAGUUGAUACCUAGAGCUUCGGCAUUGUGGUCCUAGAAAUUGUUAGUGGCCGAAGAUGUACCAACUUAAACAUUGAGCCUGUCACUGAUUCCCUGCUUGAACAUACAUGGAAUUUGUAUAAACAUGACCUGCAUUCGGAUUUGAUCGAUGAGACAUUAGACCCAGAAGAAUAUAAUACAGAUUGCUCUGAUGCGUACUCAGUCGCCAGCUUCUGCGAGGCCAGCAAUGUCUGAAGUAGUUGUUUCGCUGACAAAACUUCCAUACGGCAAAGACCUCCACCAGGAAAACCAACUAUAUUCUAGUUAACUACAGAUCAAGAUGAGAGACAUUUACUAGUCUUCAAUCUUCAAAUAUAAAUUCACUAGCAAUGUACUUAAGAUGCAGAUUUACUAUGUAAUAAAUGUUCACUUUUCUCUCAAU